AUGACGUCGGAUAAGCAAACGAGAUCGUCUUCCUGGUUAUUACGAUCAUGUAAAAGAAGCCGAUUUAAAAUAGAAUUAUACUUAAUAUUUGGAUAUUUGUUAACGUAUUGUUCAGCUAGAAACAAUCCGCCUAGAUUUCUCAUAGACGGACAAACAGAAAUUGUCCUUAGAUUAAAGGAAGAGUCCGAAACUCCGAUUGGUAGCCUAAUUUACAAGCUCAAAGGUAUCGAUCCAGAUAAUGAUAUAUUGACAUUUGGCGUUCGAGAACAGCCUGGUAGUGACGUGAUUCAAGUCGAAAAUUUCGGUCUUAAUGAAGCCAACAUUUAUUUACAUAAGUUACUGGACAGAGAGACAAGAGAUGAAUAUGCACUCGUGUUAACAUUAACGGAUGGAAGAUUGGGAGAGGGAAAUUUUAUCACGCAAAGUCUGCUGCUUCUGGUCGAGGACAUUAACGACAAUGUACCAAUUUUCCGUCCACAUCCUACCUCGUUAACUCUUCGGGAGGAUUCACGCCCGGGUAUUUUAACAACGGUGGAAGCUACCGACGCCGAUUUGGGUGCUCAUGGUCAAGUGGUGUAUUACCUUCAGGAACUGGACGGCGAUAACAACGUUUUCAGUAUAUCGACCGUCAAUGGCAAGGGCGUCAUACGCUUAGUGGGUUCUUUGGAUUACGAACGAAAGUAUCUGUAUCAACUGCGGAUCUUGGCUGUAGAUCGUGCAAUAAAUGAAAAGGUAAAUACGGGAACGACAGCGAUUUUGAUCAAAGUACAGGAUGUGGAGGACCAGCCGCCGGAAUUCAUAGCCAUGACGCCUGUCGCAAGAAUCAGCGAAAAUGUCAAGAUUGGCACAUCCGUUUUGCAAGUUCGUGCUAUGGAUGGUGAUAAGGGGAUAAACAAUAAAGUGACUUACAGCAUCACGAAGGGACCGAGAUAUUUGUUCGAUAUUGAUGCGACUUCUGGCCUCGUGUUUACAAGAGCGCAAUUGGAUAGAGAGGCUGAGGAGAAUAGCGAUGGCACUUUUAUUCUAGAAAUUACGGUGAAGGAAGUAUCGAAAAUUAUUCCACCACCAUCUGUUAGUACCGAGGUGACCAUUAUUCUUACCGAUGUAAAUGACGAAACGCCGACAUUUAGAAGUAUGUUGUACCGUGCUGAAAUAAAUGAGAACGCGCCGGAAAAUACGCCAGUUAAUUUCAUUGGCGGUGCUGUACCAGAAAUAUUUGAUCAUGACCUGGGUUCCAAUGGCACAUUUCGAAUAUUCAUUGAAGGCGAUGGUGGGAUGUUUGACGUAACACCGUUUCGCGGGAUCAAUGAGGCACCGUUUUUAAUACGCGUUAAGGAUUCGAGUAAACUCGAUUUUGAAAAAAUAUCUGUGGUGAACUUCACUCUCGUUGCGAAAGAAAUUACGCCAAUUUCGCCGAAAUAUAGCGCGGUACCAGUUACGGUCUUUAUAAAGGAUCAAAAUGAUAAUUAUCCCGAAUUUACGAAAGAUAUCUACGAGGUGUCGAUACCAGAAAAUUGUGUCGAGGGGACAACUGUGGCUUGGGUACAGGCUUUAGAUGCAGACAGCGAUAAUCUUGGAACGCAUGGAAUACGAUACACAACUUUAGGCGGUAGCAUUGCACACGCAUUGACGAUGGAUCCUCUUACCGGUGUAAUAACGGUUAAACAUCCCGGAUCCAGUUUUGAUCGAGAAUUAGUUGCUCGGCAUUAUCUCACCGUCGAGGCGCGAGAUAAUCUUGGAAAAGGGAAUCGCAACGCUGCGCAAUUGAUAAUUAAUAUUGAUGAUGUUAAUGACAACGCUCCUAUAUUUCUGCAAAAUAAAUAUGAAGCGGUGCUGUUGGAGAAUGAAGAUCACUUUGAAUCUCCUCUGAUUGUCGAAGCGUCCGAUAACGAUUUGAAUGGGACGCGAAACAGUGAGAUAGUCUACGCUCUAGUAUCAAGCGAAUUUUCCCGAAAUUUUACUAUCGAUCCAAAACGCGGCAUUAUUAUACCCACCCGUCCUCUGGAUUACGAAGCUCUGCCCAUCAAUCAAGGACAUAAAGAAAUGAUUAUACGUCAAUUAAGAUUAACAGUCAGAGCCAGAGAUAUGGGCACACCAAGUUUGAUUUCUGACGUUCCUCUAAUGAUUUACUUAAGAGACGUUAAUGAUAAUGCACCAGUUUUCGAAAGAACUUUGUAUAAGAGAAAUAUUCCUGAGGACUCGCCAGGUGGUACGAGUAUUGUACAAGUAAAAGCAUGGGACAAAGAUCUAUCUUCGCCGAAUAACAAGUUAGUUUACCGAAUUCAGAGUGGAGCCGGAGACAAGUUCGUAAUUAGUCCCGAGACAGGCGUGAUCCGAGUGGCGCCGGGUUCUAACUUAGAUCCGGAUCUUACAUCGCCGAAAACCACGAGAUAUAAUUUGAAUGUUAUCGCCAUCGACAGUGGUACGGAAAUUCAACAGACAGCCGAGGUUCUCGUGAAUAUCACAAUCCUAGACGUCAAUAAUAAACCGCCAGUUUUUAUCGAUCCUGGGACUGUCACUAUCAGAGAAAACACUCAGGUCGGUGCUUAUGUUCAUCGCAUAGUGGCGCAGGAUCCGGAUGUAACUCCGAUUCUGCGUUAUCGUGUAGAUCCCAAUUCAUCGGAAGCACGAAAUGAGGAGGGUACUUUAAUCAAAGUGCAAGAGUAUGAUUAUCUAGCAGCGCUAGAGUUAAAUGCAUUAGAUGGCUUGCUACGUAUAGUGAAGCUGUUAGAUAGGGAAAGAGUAGAAACUAUCAGACUAGGACUUGUAGUCGAAGAUUUGGCCGCAGUAAGAGGCUUGCAAACUGCAUCCGCCACAUUGAGUAUAAUUAUCGAGGAUGAAAACGAUAAUAAUCCUAAAUUCCGGAGACCAUUUUACAGACGUUCUGUUACGGAAAAUAGUAAAAAUGGAGUAAAUAUCGUGAAUAUUGUUGCCGAUGAUGCCGAUAAAAAUCGUAGCAUUACAUAUUCUUUACAAGGUCCGAAAGAGAUCACUGACCUCGUGCAUUUAGAUCAUGAAACCGGAGAAAUGGUCGUCGCUAACAAAAUCGACAGGGAAAUGUACUCGUGGCUAAAUUUAACUGUCAAAGCCACAGAUUCUGGAAUUCCACCUCGAUCGAGUUUAUCAGAAGUAUACGUUCAAGUCUUGGACGAAAACGAUAAUAAUCCAUAUUUUGUUUCGAACAUUAGUAAUGUAACUGUUAUGGAAAAUUCAAAAAUUGGCACAGAAAUUGCUGUAAUACAGGCGACAGAUUCUGAUAGUGGAGAUUAUGGAAAAAUCACUUAUCUCUUAGACAGAAUAUCAUCUCAGGGGACUUUCGCUAUUCACUCAGAAACGGGAUCACUGACAGUAGCUGAUGUUCUUGAUUGGGAGAUCAGACACAGUUAUGUUUUGGUCAUAGAAGCGUGGGAUAAUUACCAAUUUGGUUAUACCGCGGGAGAGUCUCGAAACGCAUUUAAGCAAAUCCAAGUUACAGUCAUUGAUGUGAAUGACAAUGCUCCGAAAAUGGAUAUACCUCAAGACUGUAUCUCAAUAUCUGAAUUUCAUGACAUACGAGACUUAAUUUAUGUUAUAAAAGUAAAGGACGCUGAUGACCCGACUACGCCGAAUGGACGUGUUGUAAUUAGAAUCACUUCCGGCAAUGAAUUAGGUUUUUUUCUAUUGGAACAAAUCGACCAUUGGACGGCAAAAAUAAAAGCUGCGCAAUCAUUAAGAGGAAAAUUCGGAAAUUAUACAUUAAAUGUCGAAGCACGCGAUCUAGGAACACCAUUUAAUAAGGACAAAGGAAUUUUAAAAAUUUGUGUCACGGAUUACAACGAUAAUCCUCCUUUAUUCAUCAGUCCUCAGCACAACACCACCAUCCGUGUUCCAGAGAACACAACAAUAGGAAGUCCGAUUAUUCAAAUUGAAGCGAAAGAUGCCGAUACGGGAUUAAAUGGCGAUGUGCAUUAUCGUUUAAAACAAGAUCUCGCGGGCCACUGGAAGACUUUUCGUAUUGAUGAGAAAACCGGCGUAAUAUCCUUAAAAUUAUCGCUCGAUAGAGAGACUCAAAAAUUAUAUGAGAUACGUGUCGAAGCAUACGAUUUGGGUAUCCCGACGCCUUUAAGUUCAGAUCUCGAUUUAAUUAUUUACGUGCGGAACAUCAACGAUUUCGAGCCGCAAUUUUCAGUGAAUGUUUUUAAUGUUAAUUUUACGGAGGAACAGCCGCCAGGGUCAGAGAUGGUGUUACUCCCAGAAACAUUUGAUAAUGAUGACGUUGACGAGUUGGAUGAUCCUCCCACUCAAGUCUGUUAUUUCAUAGUUGGCGGAAACAACGAUGGAUUAUUCGUUUUGGAUAUUUAUAAACACGAACUUGGCACUGCUAAAUUACUGGACAGAGAACAGCAAGAAGAACACGUAUUGCUUAUUAAAGCAACGGAGGAUUGCAAGACCAUGCCGGAAAAUCAAACAACAUUCGACAAAACUGAUGCUACUCUUUUACAAGUUAUCGUAAAAAUUGAUGAUAUUAAUGACAACGCACCGCAAUUUAUUAAAGAUGUUUUUACGGGUGGUGUUACUACUGAAGCCGACUUUGGCACGCAAUUUAUGCAUGUAAAGGCAAUUGAUGCGGACUCUGGCAACAAUGCCAUACUCAGUUAUUAUCAAGUAGGCAAAAUUCACAUGACGCUUACUGAAGGCUUCGAAGAUAUGCAAAUGCAACCUUUUCUAGUAAAUAAAGACGAUGGAGCAGUGAGCCUGAAUUUUGAUCCUCAACGAGGAAUGAAGGGAUACUUUGAUUUCAUGGUACUCGUUAACGAUACAUAUGGCUUGCAAGAUACUGCGAGAGUUUUUAUUUAUUUAUUAAGGGAAGAUCAAAGGGUUCGUUUUGUUCUUCGUCAACAUCCGCCAGAAGUCAGAAGUCGAAUUGAGACUUUCCGAGAAAUUCUAGGUAACGUCACUAGCGCUAUAAUUAACGUUGAUGAAUAUAAAGUGCAUGAAAAUCAAGAUGGUUCCGUAGAUAGAACGAAAACGGAUUUAUAUUUACAUCUCGUAAAUCGUCGGGACAAUUCGAUUCUCGAAGUAUCCGAGGUUCUCGAGUUAGUCGACAGGAACAUCGAGAAACUCGAUAAUCUAUUCAAGGAGUUCAACGUCCUCGAUACGCAGCCAGCAAAGCCCGAACCGAUUAUACAGUAUGAACAAGCUGGAAUGACUUUCUGGCUUCUCACGUUGACCCUAUUUCUAGGAGCUCUACUGAUUCUGUGUGUCGCUUUAUGUUUGUCUCAAAGAGCUUCUUUUCGAAGACAAUUGAAAGCGGCGAACGCAUCACCAUUCGGUGUAUCAGACUCCGAAUUUAUCAGAAGUCCUGGUCGCGUCCCGAAUACUAACAAACACAGCGUCGAAGGAUCGAAUCCUAUAUGGAUGCACGCUUAUGAAAACGAAUGGUUCAAGAAUGACGAGUCGUUCAGCCAUACGUCCGAAAGAGAUUCUCUCGAUGAGAAUGCGCUUAAUAACGAAGAAAUGAUGAAUGAAGCUAAUACAAACCAAAGAUCUGAAGAUAAAUCAUAUUACAUAGAACCAAGAAUUUCAACUAUUUCUAGAAUGCCCUUCGUAGGAGCAUGGUUUAAAGCGUGGGUUUAUUUGGGGCUCGUUUGCGGUUGGGGCAAAAGUGCACGACCACGUUUCGACACAUCUACGGAUAUGGGAUUGGUAUUGGUUCCAGCCGAUGCCGAAGUCGAUUCCGUCAUUUUUCGAUUACGCGCCACCGAUCAGGAUGCAGACUUUCCUCUUGUGUUCGAAAUAACCGCAACAAUUACACCCGUUGUAAGAAUCGACAACUUGCCGUGCACAUUGUACAACAAAGUCUGUCAGGCUAAUGUAAUUUUAACGAAACGCCUUAUGCCAGGACGUCUUCACGAUUUCGCCGUCAGGGUUCGGGAUACCAAGGGAGACUCGAAUUCGAUGCAGGCUACCAUUUCCGCAACAAACGCCACAACCUCGCGUGAUAAAAUAUUUCCUCACAUUCCUUCCCUGAUAAUGGUACCUGAGGAUGCUAAGCCAGGCAGAGAAUUAGAUUAUCUUCUCGUACGAGCGAACUCUUGGAGCGGCAAGCCAGUUUACAUUGAAUUAUGGCAACCGAAAGAACUUUUCACUAUUCGGCAACGACAAACACCUACGCAAACGCGCGGAAUCAUUACGCUAAUCGGCGAGUUGGACUUUGAGACGCAAUCGAUGUAUACCCUCACCAUUUACGCGACGGAUCCUUACACGGAACCCGGAAAAGAUACUAGGAACAUCGCGGGACUGAAUAUCGUCGUUAUAGUGCAAGACGUACAGGAUGUACCGCCAAUUUUUACCCUAGCACCCCCUUUAACUAGGCUUAAUAAUUCUGUACAAAUCGGGGAUGUAAUAUUACGAGUUCACGCGGAAGAUGGAGAUAAAGGAGUACCGCGUGAAAUCACGUAUGGUCUGGUGUCCGAAGGCAAUCCUUUCAUACCAUUUUUCAACAUUUCGGAAACAACCGGUGAGAUUGUUCUUGCGAAGCCUUUAGAGGAACUCACGCAAAUUACUCACGUUGGUGCACCGGUCGUGCUCACUGUUGUCGCUGAGGAAAUACGAAGAUCUAAGGACGAGCCGCCAGCUCAGGCAACAGUUGUCGACGUCGGUUUUCUUCUUGGAGAACCAGGCAACAGCCCGCCAUAUUUUGAGAAUGAUAACUACGUUACAUCGAUACCAGAGAAUUUGGAUCCAGGUUCUGUGAUAAUAUUCCCCGAGCAAUAUUCGACUAGAGUCCAUGAUGAAGAUAUCGGUAAAGCUGGUGUUUUCGCGUUGAAGCUACAGAAUAAUAAUGGUACUUUCGAAAUAAAUCCGACCGUUGCUGAAAGAACAGCAAAUUUUAUUCUCAUGGUGCGAGACAAUACACUCAUCGAUUACGAGAUGCAUGAAAGUUUAUCUUUUAAGAUUAUUGCUCAAGAAGUUGGUCCAGCAACAAAUCUAUCAGCAUCAGCAACAGUCGUAAUAUUUAUACAAGAUGUUAAUGAUAAUCCGCCCGUCUUUGACGAAGAAUCUUAUGAAGUUACAUUAUCCGAAAAUGUCACCGCUGGAACACGGGUGAUUCAGAUGCAUGCAACCGACAAAGAUACCGGACUUUUUGGCAGUAUUCGAUAUACAGGCAUAAUAGGAGAAGGAAGCGAUGCUUUUGCAAUAGAUCCUGAUACGGGAUUAAUCACAGUCGCGAUGGGAUCGUCUUUAGAUCGUGAAAUGGCAGCGCAGCUACAAUUAACUGUAAUUGCACGUGACGAAAACGGUAAAGGUAACACGGGUGAAGUACCUUUGAUAGUAAAUUUACUGGAUGUAAAUGACAACGCGCCAAUUUUCGAGAAAAAUACCUACGAAUUUACAUUAAAUUCCGAUUUGACAAAUUUUUCAACAUCUGCUAUUAUCAAGGCCACCGAUGCUGAUGCUGAACCGCAAAAUAAUGAAAUUCGUUAUGAAUUGAUUCAUGGAAAUUAUGAAAAUAAAUUUUAUUUGAAUGAGAUUACCGGAGAACUGACGUUACUGUCACCCGUCACGAAAUUCAGGCGAAAGAAACAAAGCAAUUACGACAAUUUUUCGAAAAAAUUACAUAAAAAAACACAAAGUGUUCAACCAAAACACAUAAUACAAGAGACUGUAAAAAAAACAACAGUAUUUCUGGAUACGACAAAUUCAACGGAAAGCGUUCCGAAUGAAAUCGAAUUGAAACAAUUCGGAGAGAUAAAAGGGCAUCGAAGAAAACGAGCGGAAACUGAUAUUUUAUAUACUUUAACUGCCAGGGCAUAUGAUCUUGGUGUACCUCAUCUCGCGAGUGAGACAGAGAUCUUCAUCAUUAGAGGCACUGCCAUGGAAGCUCGCAUAAUGAUGUUUGUGGUUUCGGGAGAUCAUCCAAAUUUAACGACAACUACGGAAACAUUAGCCACUAUCACUGGUGGACGAAUUACCGUACUAGAAACACGUCCUUAUGUAUCAAAUAAUAAAACCGUAACAAGUAGUCCUGUCCCAACGGGAGAAAAAAGAACGAUCAUCGUUGCCCGCGUCGAACAAACCGAAAUCGGCACCCCUCUGGUGGAUGUGGAAAAAAUUCGUAACAUAUUAGCCGCGAAUGGAGUGGGCAUCAUCAACAGCGCAGGUACCACCAAUGAGUCUAUGACAGACUACGAGUCUACCACGAAACUUCCAAUCGAUGGAGUAAUUCACAAUGGGGGAGACAGCACGGAGUCCUAUGUAAACAAAACAAUCAUCGAUGACGACGAAGUAACUGUGUACAAAGCGGAGAAUAAGCUACUCUUGUGGUUACUGAUUAUUCUGGGUCUGUUAAUGUUGUUGGCCAUAGCGGCGCUCAUCAUCUGUUGUAUAUGUCCAGGCUGCCCAUUUUACAUGGCACCUAGAAAACGUAGAAUUCAUUCGUCGGAAACGCUUAUUGCUCGAUCCGAUGGUCGACCGAAACGACAUCUUCAUCGGAAACCACCUGCAAUUGACAUAAUUACAUCAAAUGGAAGAAAACAAGCUUGGAGCGCAGAUCCAACUCGAAGAAAUCAAUGGCAAUUCAAUCGUCAAAACACAAAAAACGAUGGCUUAGCAUCGCUUCCUGGUGACGUUGUGUACAUAUCGGAACGUCCUCCAAUCGAUCAAGCAAAUGUAGAGUCAUUAAGGCUACGUGACGAUCCAGCCUAUGAUCUGUCGAGGAGAAGAUUCGAAGAGCAAGAAAGAAUAUACGUACAAGAUAUCGAAAGGAAGACUCGAGAGCUUAGAGAAAGAAAUUACGAUACUAUGGAAGUAGAUUCUUUGCAACGACACGAAAUCGAUCAUGGUUCGGAUAUUCAGCGUCAAGCUUACAGACAAAGAUACGUCGAUCCUGAAUUAAGUAAUGAGACAGCAAUAAGAGAGCAACAUUUUUAUCGCGAGGGUAACGCAGAGGUGCUGCAAUUAGUAACACGCGGACAAGUGGAGGAUAGAAGUCAACAUCGCCAUUAUCCAACUUUUAUAGUGGAUGGCAAGGAUGUACUUCUGCAGCGAUUCAUGCAGGAUCAAAAAGCACGGCAUGAACUACCUAUACAGGAACCCGAGAUAGUGCGUACCAUCGAUUCUCAUCAACGUUCGAGAAAUUUAUAUCAACACAAGCAGGAAAUUCUUCUCCUACCAGAAGAAUUGGACGUUAGACGUCGACGCGCGGAAGAAUUAGAAUCUAGUGCGCAAAAGCUAGCGAUGGACGAUAAAUACGCGGCGCAAAACAUAGAUACGGAAUUGCAAGUGCGGGAUGUUCGUCAUCAAGAGAUUUCAACAAAUGUACCCGGGAUAUCGCCCAAAGAUAGACCGUUAAUCGUCAAAGACCAAACGCAAUCCACUACGAUGCAGUCAUACACGUUUCACGAUAUGGAAUUGGCGAGGCAAAAUGCUCUAUUGACAAGAAUACUAUUGGAGAGGGAAUCUAGACAUGCUGGUGGCGUAAUGAUGGAUGCCGCAAGUUACUUAGAGACCCAAAGUCUUCCCGGACAAGUGGCAAUCGGGACGCAGACUGACAGAGCCGCUGCGACACAAACGGAUCGACAUGUCCGAAGUAGAAGUGACAAUGACGAGUCCGACGAGGAUAUCCGAAAUCGAAAAAGGAAGAAACGUCACGGAGAAAGCGAAUUGAGAACGCGAACAUUAUGGACGAAAACGCCUAUCAAAGAAGAGGAAGGCCCAUGUUUUGACAAACGACUGAACAUUCUGAGAAAGAAAGUACAAGCAGUGAAGGAGGGACGAAAGGUAUCCUUGGAGCCUGAAGUGCUGCGGGAAAUUUCAGAUUCUCUCGACGAGAACGGAAGUACUUAUCGCGAGAAAGCAAGAAAGUCAAAAACUCGUCAACAGUACACCGAAGAGAGCAAUAUUGGAUACAAAGUACUAGAUGAGAAAAAUGGUUCCUCUUCAUCGACGGAAGCAGAUAAGCAACAUGAUAAAUCUUUUGACGAGAAAAGAGUGAAAAGCUUGUCUUCUCCGGAAAUAAGUGUCGAUAAUGAAAAAUAUAUUCGCGAAACGACGGAAAAGACAAGUACCAGGAAAGAAAGUAAAAUAAAGAAGCAAAAGAAGAUAGAAUCCGUGAUAAAACCCAGUUUCCGAGUUUUAGAAAAAGAGAUCACAAUGCUGACGAAGAAACUAAGUAAACUCGCUGAUAAAAAAGUACAGCAGACCACUGGGUCUGAAAGUACAAGUCAGGAGAAAUCGAAAAUCUCGCAAGACUCCAAGAAAGAUUCAGAUAAUACAUCGAAAAAAACAGAGGACUCAAAGAAGCACAAACGAUUUGAAGUUUCUCCAAGUACAUCAAAAGAGACGAACAAAGAAAAAUUUAAGUACCAGCAACCGCAGAUUAUGAGUGCCGGUAGUUCCGAAAACGAGGAUGUGUUUGAAAAAACGAAGAAAUCGAAAUUAAUUUCUCAAGAAGCUGCGAAACACAAACAAAUAAGUAGCCAUACGAAAGUGAAAAGGCAAACGCUUGAACGUAAAGAACGCAAGAAGCAAAUCAUACAACAGGAUCGAGAGCUCGAGAAGCGCAGAAAAGUCGCGAGUAAAGAAAGCGGCAGGCCAAAGGCUGACAAAACUGCCAAAAUAACGCGUAUGCAAAAAUUAGCAGCGAUUGGUCGUAAGAAACAUAUUUCGGAGGAACCAAGCACGAGUACAAGUUCCGAUCAUAUGAAUGGCAAAAAGGAUUCGUUCAUGAGUCGCGAUUUCGACAAGAAAAGCAUGGAGUCUUCAGAAGUUCUAUCGAAUCAUGCGGCUCAACAAAAAUCAAAACAGAAACUACACGUAAGCGAGAAAUUCUCUGAUGACUUCGUGCCAGAAUUGCAGAGAAGAGAUCAGCCAAGCAUGUUUCUUCCAACAAUGAUCAAAAACAUAGAUAAAGAAGACGUUGUAAAUGGUAAAGAAGAUAUCGAAAUAAUACAACAAUUUUCUGACGACUUCGUAAUAGAAUCACAGACAAAAAAGCUAAAACAUCAAAUGCAAGCUAUGAUUGAAAGUGAAGUUUUCAGCAGCAAUAAAGAAAAUGUGUAUCAUGAUUUUGACAAAGAACACUUAACGUUAAAGGAAACUAUUGAAGAUCUCGCAAUUGUUCAAAAUGUGGAAGAUACGCAACACAAAAGUGAGACAAUAUUAGACAUCCCAAGUAAAGAACAAUCUGAAUUAUUUGAAGUCUCUGAGAAAGAAUUAGAAGACAGCAGCAAGGGACCAGUGCCUUCAGAUUCUCUUAUCACAAAAGCGUUAGAAGAAACAGAAAAAGUGCCAUCUUAUAGUGAGAAAAGAGCUGUUGAAAGAAGAAUAGCUUAUAUGUCUGGAAAGCAUAAAGAAAUAGCAGAAGAAUCUUCCUAUGAAACCGAACAGGAAAUGUCAGAAAAAGAGGAAGUUAUACCGGAAAAAGAAUUACAUGAAAUACAGAAAGUUGUUGAAGAGAUUGUGAGUGAAAAAGCGAUUGCAUUGGAGAAACAUAUAGAAAAUUUGACCAAAUCAAUUGAUAGAACAGAGCAUAUAGAAGAAGAAAAAGAAGAACAUAAAAAUGGAUAUACGUCAUUAUAUUCAAAUGAAACAGACAAAACUGAAGAAUUAUAUAAAACUGAAAGUGAUCAAAAAGAAGAAUUAAGUCUUGAAUCAGAGAAACAUAUUGAAGAGGAAAUUUCUUCAACAAAAGAUGCAAUAGAUACCAGACAAAAGAUGGUAGAAGAAUUAAUGCAGAGAGAAAACGAAGAGGAACUUGUUGAAAAGGAAGAGGACUUAUUACGUGAAAUUAAAAAUGACGUAGAGAGAUCAAAAGAAUAUGAAAUUCAAGAAUCUGAUGUAGAAAAAAAAGAAGAAUCGACAACUACAAUAUCUGAAGAAUCGUUCGAUACCAGUCGCCUUUUUACAGAUGAUACUAAAAAUUUAAAUGAUUUUCAGAGAGCAUUUGCAAUUGAUGAUGACACAUUAUUAUACAUUGAUGAAACGUCAAAUAGUGAUGAAACAGAAAUUGAAAGCCAUAAAAUUAAAAAAGAAUCGCACAUAUCUCCUGAAAGACUAUCUGACAUCCACAAAACAAAAGAAGAGGAACUUGAUGAAGAUAAGCUUCUCACAUCUUUAACAGACGUCACUACUUCCAAAAAAGAAGUUAUUAAAGAACAAUUACAAGUUGAACAUACAAAGGAAAAAGAAGAAUCACUGUUCCAAGAAGAUGAAGAAGCAACAGAAAAAGUACCUGCAGUAAAAGAAAGCUCUGAUGAAGAAGCUUUUACUAUUUUAUCAAGUACUUCUUUUGAAGUACUUGAUAAGGAAUCUUCCAUCGAGUUGCCGAAGGAUUCGAAUUUGCAACAAUCAACUGUCAGUGAAUCAGACAUGGUGGAGAGUUUUGUAAUAAUUUCUAAGAGCACAGCAGUCCCAGAGCCACAAGACAAAGGAGAGCAGCAAGCAGACGUAAGCGUUCCAAUUUUUAGCAGCUUUAUUGAUGAUACACUCGAUGUUUCGGAGGAGAGCGACUCAUCCAGUGAUAUUUCUAGGAAAACAACGCUGACCACAAGACCCUAUGACACUCCGCGCCAUCGACAAAAAUGGCAGCAGCAAGAAAACAUUGAAAUAGUAGGAAUGUCUGGUGUAAGAACUUUCAGAGAUGGAGAAGACACAAGAACGGAAACCGAACUAGAAGAGGAUACAGAUAGCAACUUAUCACUUGAUGAAAUUGAGAAAACAGAAGAUUCGAUCACAACUGAAUCAAUGAGUGAAUUAAAAGAAGAUAUUGAAAUCGCUGGUACAUCUGGAAAGACUUUUUCUGACGAAAGAAUUUCGCCUAUGUCUCUUUUAAAAGAAGGAAACGAUAAAGAUAUAACAGAUAAAGAUUUUGAAUCGAAAAUCGAAAUUGAAGAACCAGAAACUGAUAUAAAAUCGGAAAUAAAAAAUUUAUUGACAACAAUUCAAGAUAUAGUUCCUUUGACUCUAAGUAUUAAAGAAUUAAAUGACAUACCAAAAGAAAACAUUAAUGAUGAAAUUCCCACAAUAAAGGAAGACGCGAAAUCCAAAAGCGAGAUUGCUACGCCUCGAAAAAAGAUUGAAAAAAUGUCCGAAUCUGUGAAACAAGAUGAUAAAAGUAAAAUUAGAUCGCCUUCAAGUAAAUCUGAACAAAUAGAUCUGAAAAAAGAUAAAAUAAUAACUGAAACUAUUGAAAUGAACAAAACUGAAGACAUUGAGAUAGACAAAAUAAGAAGUAAAGAAAGUGAUGUGUCAUUAACUUCGAAAAAAUGUAUUACGAAAACUAUACCUUCCGAACGUUUCGUGAAGAAAACAAAGAAAUCUGAACGAUUGAAAGUGCCUUCAUCCGGGGAGAGAAAACGUGUUCUUGAUAAAUCAGAAGAAAAAGCUACGCCAAGUUAUUCUCAGCGUCGAUCUCGUAAAUUUAUCGAUGAUGAUUCAGUGAAGCAAAUAGGAAGUAGUAGUGAAUCGCAGAAGCGAUCGCCACGAAGGGAAGAACAACAUCCUCGAAAACAGCAGGUAUCUAAAUCAAAAUUUAAGACAGAUAAGAAAACUACAAUUCCUUCGAAAACUGGCGAAAUCGACAUAAGUAAAACGCAAUCAAAGUACAUGGCUUGGUACAAUAAAAAACGCGAGGAAGCGGAGAAAAAGAAAUUAGAGAAGAAAGCAACGGAUGACGAGGAACAGCUACCACGUUGGGUAAGUAGAAAUUUGAAGCAAACGACAAAACAAAGAGAGAAGUUAACAGUGGAGCGCAAAACACCAGAGAUGACGCCGCGUACCAGACGCAAAAUUAAACCUCUGGUGAACGUCGAAUCAGAGCAGUUGAAGGCCAUUGUGCGUCAAGGACGACAAUUAAGAAAAGCCGAGGGUAGUCUUAAGGAAGACCCAACGAUUCAGAUAUUCGCCAGACCACCGCCGGUCUCUACUUCGGACACGCAGCAUCGUCUGCUGCAGCACUCGGAAUAUAAAUAUGAGAGAAUACCACCUCCAUUUUAUCUUCAUCCACCCCCGGCUCCGCACCCAUCGCCACAGUUAUCUCCAGAAAGAUGCCUCGAAAUGCAACCGUGUGGAUCGCAAUAUGAACAAUCCGAGAGUGAUCUACAGUCAGAAAAUGCAGCGUCAUUCCAAAGUGGCGGUCGUUUACGCCAUCAACAACUUCUCGAGAAAAAAAGCGUCUUCGAUAUCGCAUACAGCGAAGCUGCACCAUCGCAACUUCGAUCUGAUAGCACAACUCCGCCGUCCUAA